AUGCCUGGAAAGACCAUGAGAGCAUUCCGCCUGGUGGAAUACGGCAAGCCGGGCCAAUACUGUGAGGUUCCCAUUCCCUCACCCAAGGAAGGCGAGGUCCUCAUCCGAAUGAAGGCAGCUGGUCUCUGCCGGUCGGACCUCGACAUGAUAGACUCAUUGCCUGGCUCGGAUCCGUACGCAUCUGCUGUCGACGCGCCUUACACCCUCGGCCACGAGAAUGCCGGAGUCAUUGAGGUGCUGGGCGAGGGAGUAACGGACCUCAAGGUCGGCGAGGGUGUCGCCGUCCGCCACAUGCCCCAUUGCUCGCACUGUGAAUAUUGUAUCCGGGGCGUUGAGCAACAUUGUGAGACGUACAAACGAGGAGCCAUUGAAAUCAAUCGCGGCACUGGAUGGGACGGCGGUCUCGCCGAAUUUAUGAUUUGCCCAAGAGAUCAACUGGUCAGCAUUGGGAACGAGGAUCCUAUCAAAUACGCUCCUUUGACUGACGCCGGCGUCACCGCCUACCAUGCUGUGGGGACCGUGAAGCACUGUCUCAGGCCGGGUUCUUCAGCGAUUGUGAUCGGCUGUGGUGGUUUGGGAUCGUAUGCCAUUCAGUUCCUGAACCUCUUGAUGGGCGUCAAAGUCUACGGUGUGGAUGUCAGCGACAAUCGGUUGAGAAUCGCACAGCAACUCGGAGUGAAGCGUGCUUUCAAGGCGGGGCCGAAUGUGGCCGCGGAGAUUUUGGAGGAGACCAGCGGGAAAGGAAUCGAUGGAAUCAUUGAUUUUGUCGGCAGUGACGCCAGUCUGGAGCUGGCCAUGAAGAUCACGAGGCCGCAAGGCCGGGUGGUUCUUGUGGGCAUGGAGAUGGGCACAGUGCAAGUCGGCUGGAAUAAGAUUGCAACAAGUUGCGAAUUUGCCAUCAGCUUGGGGUCAUCCCGCAGAGACCUCGAAGAGGUGUGCUACCUGGCCUCUGCUGGGAAGCUCAAAAUCGACGUCGAUCCAUUUCCGUUUGAUAAGGUGCCAGAGGCGUAUCAGGCGCUCCGUGACGGGAAACUCAAUGGGCGUGCAGUCAUUACAUUCAAUUAA